UCGUGUGGGGCGGGUCCGGCCGCGCACAAUGGGCCAUGGAGUUCCCGUUCGAUGUGGACGCGCUGCUCCCGGAGCGGAUCACAGUGCUGGACCAGCACCUACGGCCCCCGGCCCGCCGACCCGGAACCACAACGCCGGCCCGUGUUGAUCUGCAGCAGCAAAUUAUGACCAUUGUAGAUGAACUGGGCAAGGCUUCUGCUAAGGCCCAGCAUCUUCCUGCUCCCAUCACCAGUGCAUCAAGGAUGCAGAGUAACCGCCACGUUAUGUAUAUACUCAAAGAUACUUCAGCUCGACCGGCUGGAAAAGGAGCCAUCGUUGGCUUCCUUAAAGUUGGAUAUAAGAAACUCUUUGUACUGGAUGACCGUGAGGCUCACAAUGAGGUAGAACCACUUUGCAUCUUGGACUUUUACAUCCAUGAGUCACUUCAACGCCAUGGCCAUGGACGAGAACUCUUCCAUUAUAUGCUGCAGAAGGAGCGAGUUGAACCACACCAACUGGCCAUCGACCGACCCUCACAGAAGCUGCUGAAGUUCCUGAAUAAACACUACAACCUGGAGACCACAGUCCCACAGGUGAACAACUUUGUGAUCUUCGAAGGCUUCUUUGCCCAUCAGCAUCGGCCCCCUGCUGCCUCUCUGAGGGCAACUCGACACUCUCGUGCUGCUGCGGUCGAUCCUAUGCCCGCUGCUCCAGCAAGGAAGCUGCCACCCAAGAGAGCAGAGGGAGACAUAAAGCCAUACUCCUCUAGUGACCGAGAAUUUCUGAAGGUAGCUGUGGAGCCCCCCUGGCCCCUGAACAGGGCUCCUCGCCGUGCUACACCUCCAGCCCACCCACCCCCGCGCUCCAGCAGCCUGGGAAACUCACCAGAACGGGGUCCCCUCCGCCCCUUUGUGCCAGAGCAGGAGCUGCUGCGUUCCCUGCGCCUCUGCCCCCCACAUCCCACCGCCCGCCUUCUGCUUGCUGCUGACUCGGGGGGCAGCCCAGCUCAGCGUCGCCGCACCAGCGGAACUCCCUCAGGGCUGGUAGCCCAAAGCUGCAGCUAUAGCCGCCACGGGCGGUUGAAUUUCUCAUCCCCCAGUACAGGCAACCAAGAACUGAAGCAGGGGGAAGAGGAAACAGAGAAUAGGAGCCGGCUCCGGGACGCGCUCACCCCUGCGAGGAGGCCGGAGGCCGGACACGGGAGGCGCUGUCUCCAUUCCCGGAAGAUCAUGUACCAGCCCAGCCGGGGGGCGGCCCGGCGCCUCGGCCCCUGCCUCCGGGCCUACCAGGCUAGUCCCCAGGUGAGAGCAGAGGCGAAGCGGGAGGGGAGGAGAGGGGGCGGGGAGAGACCCUCCUCAGAGCCGGCACGUGGGGCGGAGCGCGCGCCCCCCUUUCGCGCAGGCGCAGUGGCGGCCGCAGCGCUUUCCCACCUGUGCGGGGAGGCGAGUGGAGGGGCGAGGGGUCGCGGGGCCUGGAGGGCGGGGUCGCGGGGCCUGGAGGGCGGGGUCGCGGGGCCUGGAGGGCGGCGCCGCGAGCCUUGUAGAGCACGGAACAUCGGUCUCCCUGGUCUGCGGGGGGCAGGUGGGGUUGAAGCUGGGGCAGUGGGGCGCGUCCGCAUUUCGCCCGCGUCUCCGCGGUUAUCUGUGCCUGGAGGUGAUUUGAAGGGCAAGGGGCGGGAAGUUCGCGGCGCCUCCGGGAGCAGACCAGACCGACCUGCGGGCCGCGCUCUGCAGCCCGCGCAUCUUGCACCCGGAUAGCGGUCCCGGCGGGAAGGCCGGCCCGGGUGGACCCGGUUCGGGCCCCUGUGCCCGGGUGGGCAAGAUGGCCACGCCCCCGGCGGAGACGGCGCCUCCGGGACACCGUCGGGGACAGAGGACCAGCUUUCUGCACGGGCGCUACCAUUCCCACCCCUUUGGCCUCACUCCACAACAACCACUUCUCCAUCUCUGCCUCUUUUCUGGUCUCCCCCUCCCCCAAGCCCUCCCACCCCGCUGCUUCCUCGAGCUCCCUCACUACCUCUCCCUCAGGUCCAAGCCCUCACCCCACCAUGGGUGGUUCUCCCCCCAGGAAAGGGGGAGGAGGGACCAGGACCUGAGUUACAUAGCGGCUGCCUGGAUGGGCUUAGGAGCCUAUUUGAGGGACCUCCCUGCCCCUGUCCUGGGGCUUUGAUACCUUUCCAAGCCCCUGGGACCGCCCACCCUUCCCCUGCCACUCCAUCAGGAGAUCCCAGUAUGGAGGAGCACCUGGCUGUCAUGUAUGAGAGGCUGAGACAAGAGCUUCCCAAUCUCUUCCUUCACUCCCACGACCACACUCUCUACUCAUCGGAUGUGGAAUUCAUCAAUGAGAUCCUGAACAUGCGUACCAAAGGCCGGACAUGGUACAUUAUGUCACUGACCCUCUGCCGCUUCCUGGCCUGGAACUAUUUUGCACAGCUUCGGCUGGAGGUUCUACAACUGACCCGCCACCCUGAGAAUUGGACCCUGCAAGCCCGCUGGCGGCUCGUGGGGCUGCCCAUCCACCUACUCUUUCUGCGUUUCUAUAAGCGUGACAAGGAAGAGCUUUACCGGACCUAUGAUGCCUAUUCCACCUUCUACCUGAAUUCCAACGGCCUCAUUUGUCGCCAUCGCCUAGACAAACUGAUGCCUUCACACUCACCCCCAAUGCCCGUGAAGAAGCUGCUAGUGGGAGCCCUGGUGGCUCUGGGGCUGUCAGAGCCAGAACCCAACUUACACCUGUGUUCCAAGGACUGAUCAGGAACUGGGGCAGAGGCAGCACUGAAGACUUUGCUACGCACAAGAGGAGGAGGCGGAGGCGGCCAGAGACCUCAGGAGCCAGCUUCCUCCCCUCUUCUCUCUCCUCCUUUACUUUCCAUCUCAUGCUGUGUAAAGCUGCUGUGUAAUUAACUUGUAAAUAAUAAAAUCUAAGUGAAUAU